AUGGUCUUGGCGGACUUAGGACGUAAAAUUACGUCCGCUUUACGUUCUCUCAGCAAUGCAACUGUCAUCAAUGAAGAGGUGUUGAAUUCUAUGCUGAAAGAAAUAUGUGCGGCGUUACUUGAAGCUGAUGUUAAUAUUAGAUUAGUCAAAAAAUUACGUGAAAAUGUACGUACAGUCAUUGAUUUUGAUGAUAUGGCUGGAGGCCUUAAUAAAAGGCGAAUGAUACAGAGUGCAGUUUUUAAGGAACUUGUCAAAUUGGUGGAUCCUGGAGUAAAAGCUUACCAGCCGGUUAAAGGUAGACCAAACAUAAUUAUGUUUGUAGGUCUACAAGGAUCUGGUAAAACAACGACCUGUACUAAAUUGGCAUAUCACUAUCUCAAGAAAAAUUGGAAAUCAUGCUUAGUUUGUGCUGAUACUUUCCGUGCUGGUGCUUAUGAUCAAAUUAAACAAAAUGCCACUAAAGCUAGGAUACCAUUUUACGGAAGUUAUACAGAAGUUGAUCCUGUAGUAAUAGCCCAGGAAGGUGUAGAAAUGUUUAAAAAGGAGGGAUAUGAAAUUAUCAUUGUGGAUACUAGUGGGAGGCAUAAACAAGAAGAGUCAUUGUUCGAGGAGAUGUUGCAAGUAUCUAAUGCUGUGCAACCAGACAAUAUAAUCUUCGUAAUGGAUGCAACGAUAGGUCAAGCCUGUGAAGCUCAAGCAAAAGCUUUCAAAGAACGUGUUAAUGUCGGAUCCGUUAUAAUAACGAAGUUGGACGGGCAUGCUAAGGGUGGUGGAGCACUUUCUGCCGUGGCAGCAACACAGAGUCCUGUGAUUUUCGUGGGUACUGGAGAACAUAUAGAUGACCUGGAACCGUUCAAGACAAAGCCGUUUAUCAGUAAAUUACUGGGAAUGGGAGACAUCGAAGGUCUUAUCGAUAAGGUCAAUGAACUCAAUUUAGAUGACAACGAAGAAUUACUUGAAAAAAUUAAACAUGGACAGUUCACUUUACGCGACAUGUAUGAACAAUUUCAAAACAUAAUGAAAAUGGGACCAUUCUCACAGAUUAUGGGUAUGAUUCCUGGAUUUAGUCAGGAUUUUAUGUCAAAAGGUACCGAACAAGAAUCAAUGGCCAGACUGAAGAAACUUAUGACCAUGAUGGAUAGUAUGAACGACGGAGAGUUGGACAACCGAGAUGGCGCUAAACUAUUCAGUAAGCAACCCGGAAGAAUCGUAAGGGUAGCUCGUGGCUCUGGAGUCACCGAGAAAGAAGUAAAAGACCUGAUAGCUCAGUACACGAAAUUUGCAGCUGUUGUAAAGAAAAUGGGUGGCAUCAAAGGAUUAUUCAGAGGUGGGGAUUUGACAAAAAAUGUUAACCCAACGCAAAUGGCAAAACUAAACCAGCAGAUGGCCAAGAUGAUGGAUCCGCGUGUAUUACAUCAAAUGGGAGGCAUGUCCGGCCUUCAAAAUAUGAUGAAGCAGUUACAGCAGGGUGCUGCUGGUGGAUUGGGUAACCUUAUGGGUGGUUUUGGAGGCAAAUCCUGAGACGAGGGUCCCGGCAGCGCAACCACUGCCGACAAUCAAACUCAUGCCCUACAAACUAGAAGACAACGUCGAAACUAAGUUAUUGAGACUCCGUUAAAUCGAAUCGCUGCAAAUUGUGGCGCCGCCAGUGUCAUCUUACAUUUUUUUAAACAAAGAAACGCGGGUCCACGUUAUGUCCCUUCUCCUAUAUCCUGGUUUCUUUGU